UAUGAACUUGUCCGUGGAUAAUUUAGUCGUAUCGUUUCACAAUACUACUCAAGCUACAUUGACACAUUGCUCGCUUAACUGCCUUGUUCUCAUUACUGGAAUAGCCUCCUUGGUGUUGUUAUUACUUGCAGCAUUCGGACUCUUCGUUAAAGAAUUCGCAAAGAAUAGAAAAAUUUUUCCAAAUGAAAAUAAUUCACAGCAUAUUGAGAAAGAAGUUCAAGCAACAGCUACCUCUACUAGACGGGUUCGUUUUUCUGAGAAGGAGAAGAAGGUUACUAUUGACGCAAUCUUUCCCUAUCCAUCUCCUGGCUCUAAUAAAACUAGAUUAAAAUCAUAUAAUUCCAAAAAAUUACUUCAUAUUGUACAGUCCUUGAGAAAAUCAUUCCAGUUGAGUGAGAAAGAUGAGGACUCCAUCAUUUUGAAAAUGGAGAGUUUAUGGUACGCUCUCAUAAGAUUUGAUGAGAGUAUAAAAGAUUCCAAUGCCGAAACAGUUGGUUCACUUAGUAGGAUUCCCAUGGAUGAGGAAGAUUCUACGUGGAUUAGUAUAAACGCUGCCACGAAAUUACUCUGUGGCAGCUGGGAACUCUUUAAGCAAUCCUUUAAAAAUAUCGACUCAACUGGAUUAAUGACAAGACCAGAAGAUUUUUAUUGCAUUUUGAACAAAGAAGAUGUAAAUGACGAGGAAAAGUCAGAACUGUGGAUUCAGCUGGCUACUGAAUUUCAUAAUGCAAACUCCCCAACCAAUAUACCUAUAAUCGAAUAUAUUAUCCAUGAGAAAAGGAAACUUGAAGAAGUUCAUUCGGCUUGUAUGUGGUUACGUCUUUUACGAGCUUUAACUGUUCUGUCAAUUAAACGUGGGGAAGAUAUUGAAGAAAUUCAACCUGCACUCUUUAAUCAACAGACAUCGCAUCUAGAAACAAUUAUAAAUCCAUUUAGAGUGUAUUUAAGACGGUCGCUUGAUAUUAUAAAUAACGAUGAAGUUAACCACUCCUUCAGGAAGCUAUCUGUGUGCCCUGACUCAAACAUAGCUAGUUUAUUCGAGAUAGAGAAAGUAUUGCACCGUUACGGAGCAGCUUGGAAAUCGUUAGCCGAAAUGUUAGUGUUAACAAAAGAAAGAAUACGUAACAAAUCACAGAUAAGCGUAGAAAAAAAACUAUAA